AUGACGCUCGUCUCCAAAUUACUUUAUGCAGUUUCUACGUUAGUGCUAUUACACUCUGGUUUCUCAAGUUAUGAAUUUCAUCAUUUAUUAAAACUUAAAUCGCUAAACAAUGCACAAACCGUAAUCCAUGAAUUGCCCAAGGAUAUAAAGUAUGAGACGUAUGCAGGAUUACUAUUAUUUGUUCUUGCAGUAUUUACGUCUUUCAAGAAACUACAAUAUUUGCCAAUUGAGAGCAACGACGGGAUGAUAAUAUCUGAAGGGAACUAUCUAAAGGAAAUUGCAUUGAAUAAAGCCACCAACGUGGAUAACUUGAUCGGUAGCAAUCCUAAUGGUGAAAUCGUUUUCACUCCAAGCUUUGUUGAUGUCCACGCUAAGAGGAAACUUUCAAGAGAAUGGGCUUCUAAUAAUGAGAAAAAGGAAAAAUGA